AUUUUAAAAUCCGAUAUCAAAUUCAAACUACAAUUUGAGUCGUAUAUCCUAACCGAGAUAUUAAAUCAGAUAUCAAAUCAAAUCAUCCGAUUUUCAAAUAGUUGUGCUUUACUCCUUGGUCGACGAAUUAAAGUAGCGCAUAAUAGAGUAACUUCUAAGAGCGACUUUUGGUGCGAGGCAGCAACGGUCGACGGAGCCACCACGCCCACUGCACCACGCAUACCAACGGACGGCAACAUUAGUUGCCAGGGUUUGAAAGUUCUUCAACAAAACAAACCUAACAACGCUUUUUCGAUAUAGUGCAUCAAUCGAGGUUUGAAGUUAAACAUAGCAGUAGCAGCAUCUACACUAUGCCAAGGUAUUAUUGUGAUUACUGCGAUACUUACUUGACACAUGAUUCUCCAUCUGUGAGGAAGCAGCAUAAUGCGGGUUAUAAACAUAAGGCAAAUGUGCGGAGUUACUAUCAGCAAUUUGAGGAGCAACAGACACAAAGUUUGAUUGAUCAAAGAAUCAAGGAGCAUCUUAGUGGUCAGGGUGCAUUUCAAAUUGGAGCUGCAUAUGUGGCCUGGAGACCUGGUCUUAGGUCUCCUAUUCUUCCCGCACCUUUGCCGAUUCCAGGUUCUGUUCCCCCAAAUGCUGCAAUGGCUCCGGGAAUCAGGCUACCUGUAUUGCCUAGACCUCCUGGCAUGCCAAUGUAUGGGACAGCUCCUCCAAUCGCAGCACCCAUUCCUGGACAACCAGGUGCUCCUGCUGCACCAGGGCAAGUGAGUGGUCCUCCUGGAAUGCCACCUUUGACAGCCUCAACAUCUGUACCAGGAGCAAUGCCUCCUACUACUAAUGGCACUCCUCCAACUACAUCACAGCCUGGCUUCCAGGGUGCUCCUGCAGGUGGGAACUUUGGUGGUACAUCUAUGCCUACAGCAUCAAGCUUUCCUUCUUCUGGUGGAAACACGUCUUAUCCUACAACUUCUGGUACUGAUGGAUUUGCAUAUGCUCAAGCCCCAAAUAGCAGUCACUAGUCUAACUGAAGUGGAAAUCGGAUUCGGCAUGAUAUGCAUUGUCAUCAAGCUUAUAGAUGUUAGACUCCAGCGUUUGUGCUUUAAUUUUGUACUUUUGACAUUUUGGAGAUAGUAAGGAGCAUUAACAUAUUAAUUAGCUUGAAGAUUUUGUGCUUUGUUCUAAGAGUUUCACUGUGGCAUGAAACAUUUAGAUUAUUGUGGUUGGAAGUUUAGAACAAUAUGAGAUGGUUCUUCAUCAUAUUGCUCUGCUUGAUGAGUGGGAGUCAAAUUUAACAUUAUCUCAGACUCUGAAUUGUUUCAUGGACAUAUUUCUAUAACCCAUGUUUAUGAAUCAACCAUUCCUUACGAUAAUUGUAGUACGAUAGGAGUUAAACCGUUAACUGUGUCCCAUUUAUUUUUGAGCUCCAACGACUGAUUCCCAACGAAUGCCCCCUUUUCCCUCCUUUGUAAUGGCUACUUGGCCAACACUAGAAUGUAAAAUCUCAACUAGUAAAGAUAAUCGCAGUUUUAAAUAUGGAUAUAUACAAGUAUGAAUGCCAAUAGAUAUAUUUAUAAAUACAAGUGGUGGACAAACACAACACUAUGAACAAGACUCGAUAAGCAAACAAACUAGGGGAUCGAAAACCCCCGGAA